AUGGCCAACUUCCACUUGCCCAACAACAUCGUAUUGAUGAUCCUGAACUGUGUAGUCGCCAAGCCUGCCACGAAGCACCUGCCACGUGAAUUUUCAAAGGCUGGCGGUGCCGAUCAUCUGCUCGAGCGCAGGAAUUCGGUGCAUUUGUUUCGAAUCGGGAUCCCAACAAUCCAAGUUUGGUACCAGCCCUAGAAUCAGAUAUCCCUGAAAUUAUAAUGCUUGGUGGACAGAGCUACAUCAGGUCUGUAUUGUUUGAAUUUGAAGCUGGCAAACACUUUUUGGAUUUCCUGGAAGCUAUUGUUAGCGAGCUGCAGCAUACCAGCGUUGCGUGGACUGGCGUUAAAGCCCUGCACUUCAGGUUUCACGAGCAUUCAGUGGUUGUUCACGACUAUUUACCCAUUGUUCUUAGCAAAAAAGCGAGCGACGGCCUUUUAAAUCUUGCUGCAGAUCUGGCCGACAGCUUUCCAAAUGUACUCGAGCUUAAUACUAAAGCCGCAAGUCCAAUAUCGAUGUUAGUGCAUUGGUCGGGUACCUUGUCGAUAGGUUUGCAGUAACUGUGACAAGCUUCAAACAUAAUCUUUUCUAUCCGAUUUAUGUGCCUGCGUUUUCGGACACACUCGCCCAUCUUUCUCUUAUAAUGAGCCCCUGGGCUGUGGAGAACCUCCCAAGGGUAAACGCCGAUACACUCAAAACUCUGAAGUUGCGUGAUUAUCCUUCUGACUAUUCAUGGCCAGUUUUGCCAACAGCCAAACCCUAGCAGCAUCAACUUGCCCAACUGAAAAGCUAGAUAUUUAUUUAUCACAUUACACUUCUGAGCUCAGUCAUAAUCUCCAGAUGAGCUUUCCUGCUCUUGAGUACCUGCGUCUUGAUAAUUGGCACUCUGAUAUUAAGAAAUCAGCACUGCUCUGUUUCCC